AUGACUAUUAAUCUAUCCAAUGAUAUAGCCAAUGCUAUUUUACUGUCAUUUCCAUCAGAAAUAAAGGAUGUAUAUUUUCUAAGGGAUGUAUCUUGUAAAGCUCCAAAAGGGAAACUUUACUCAAAAUAUUUCAAUACAAUGAAGAAAUUACAAAGUGUUGGAUUAAAUUCCACUAGUAAAACAUACGAGAAUAAUAAGAAAAUUCUAUGUAGAUCUGAAGAUCGACUUGAUUAUUCACUCGAAAUGGAACCCGAAUCUGAAGAUUUGUGUGCAAGUUUACAAGAUUCAGACUUAACUUGGCCUGAAAUUGAGACAAUUUGGAAAAAAACUAACAAUUUUAGGCUUCAAUAUAUUAAGAAUAACAACACAGCGUCUAUUUUCAAAAAAUGGAUACAGUUUACUCAACCAAUGGGCUAUAAAUUGGUAGAGAUAGAUUUCUGUCACAUGUACUCAAACUUUAAAAACCUACCAGCCAAAUUUGAAAGAAAGUCAUCUUUGCUAUUGAAAAUAUUUGACGAAAGAAUAAAAGAUAAUGCAAGUAAAAUAUUAUUAAAUCAAUUAAAAGAAUCUCCUGAUUUAUGCGAAAAUGGGAAAAACUUGGUUAUAUUUUAUUUGAUGCAUUCGUUAUUUGUACCUUCAUCAAGAAAAAUUACCAGAGAUGACAAUGGAAAAAAAUCUGUCAUAAAAUAUUCCAUAAAAGAUUCUCGUUUUAGAAGUAAACCUUGUGCUGUUCCAAGUUUCUCUAAGAAUAAUUUAUUAUGUCUAAGCACUUGA